UUUAUCCAUUUAUCUAUGGACACCAUCAUUUCUAAAGCGAAAACGAGAGCCAGAGGUUGAGGUACAGAAGCAGGGAGCUGCUGAGAGAGUGUGAGAGAAUGCGAAGCAUAACGCUCACGGAGAGCGGAUUGGUUGUUCACUCGCUGUUGCCUCCAUGUCUUAAACCACCCAAGUCUUUCGCUUCUCAUUUGCUUUCUUUGAAUGUUAAUUCGCUCUCCAAGAAGCAGUACUUCUCCAAGCUCUCUUCUCGCCACCAAAGCCUUCUUUUUUCCAGGUGUUAUAGAAAUUGGUUUGAAUGCACAUGUGAGGAACGGUUUGGUGGUUUUCAGCAAAAGGUUGUUGAACUUCAGCAUGGCCUGGAAUGUAAGUAUGUUGAUUGCAACAAUGGGGAAGAGACUCGAGCAUUGGGGCACAAAUCAGAGGACUGUUGUGUUUCAGAUCAUGCACCUGUGAAUUAUAACAUGAGAAGGGGAAAUUAUAUAGCUACAAAUUUGGCAAUCUCAAAUACAUUGUUUAACAAUCUGCUAAAGUUUAUGGUUCUUUUUGGGUUGUUCACAUUUCAAGGCUCACAACCAGCAGCUGCUGUCUCAGAUAUUGCUAGUGGGUUGCAGUUGAUUUCUUACAUAGGGGACCUUGGUGAUAUUACCACAGGUUUUGCUUCAGCAUUCUUGCUGAUAUUUUUCUCAGAACUAGGAGACAAAACCUUUUUCAUUGCGGCACUUUUAGCAGCUAGAAAUUCUGCUGGUGUAGUUUUCACUGGGACUUUUGGUGCACUUGCGGCAAUGACAAUAAUAUCCGUUGUUCUCGGACGAACUUUUCACUAUGUCGAUGAACUCCUUCCAUUCAGGUUUGGUGAGGCUGAUCUGCCUAUUGACGACAUUGCUGCAGUGUGUCUUCUGGUAUAUUUUGGUGUUUCAACAUUGCUUGAUGCUGCUUCAAGUGAUAAUCAAAAGGCGGAUGAAGAACAGAAGGAGGCAGAACUAGCAGUUUCAGAAUUUUCUGGAAAUGGAGCUGGGAUCUUAGCUGCUGCUAACACUGUUAUUAGCACUUUCAUCUUAGUUUUCAUUGCUGAGUGGGGUGAUAAAUCAUUCUUUUCCACAAUCGCACUAGCAGCUGCCUCUUCACCUUUUGGAGUCAUUGGAGGCGCACUGGCUGGUCAUGGUGUUGCUACUUUGCUUGCUGUUUUGGGAGGUUCUUUACUGGGAACAUUUUUAUCAGAGAAGGCUAUUGCCUACAUUGGCGGUACUCUUUUUCUCGUCUUCGCUGCUGUUACACUGAUUGAGAUUGUGAAUUAAGGGUUGGAGAAUAUAGUGUCUGACAUUUUUGUGCACUUGGUCAAGACUUGCUCUCUGCUCCUGGUAUUGAUGAUAUCUACAUAUAUAUCAUGGAUGUGUUACGUAUUGAAUCAAAUCAUGAGCUGAAACAUGAUUAGAUAGUGGCAUUCUGUAUGAUAUUCUUGUUGUUCAAGAAUCGUAAUCAGUGGUUGAUAUAACACAAUGACAGAACUUUGAAGGCCAAGCAGGGCAAGUUGGCUAAAAAAUUUUAAGGAAUUCACUUUCUUUUUUAACUCUUCAGGGUGUGGGCUAACAAUGUGUACACACAUACAAGGGUGCAGAUAAAGAGGGGGCAAAAUUUGGACAGACGUGGCAGACCCAUGCCCAUCCAUGAAACCUUUUGACACAGAAUCAAAAAGGCAAGCCUCAAAAGAUGAUUGUGAAGGUGGACAAAACCCACUUCCUGGCCCUUUUCCUUUGCCAACUUUCUCCAUUAACCUCUCUUUAUUUCCACUUCUGCUGCGUACUCCGCUUAUCUGUCCGAUGCAUACUCCACUUUCAUUCCUUAUUCUUUUCACCUCUGUUAACAAUAUUAAGCUUCAUUAGUGGAAAAAAUUUAUAGUUAUGUGUAGCAGCACAAGGAAAGAAAUGCUAGAAUCCACCUUGUUGAUGUUCCAGAUUAUGUUAAACCAUUUUCUGGGAAUACCCAUGACUUUAUUUAACCCCAUAAGUUACCUGUAACUUUCA